AAAAAAAGAAAAGAAAAGAAAAAUGAGACUUGUAAGGGAUGGAUGGGACGGGGUAAUGAGAACAGCCCUUGUGAUUUCCAAAUCCAAACUGAAUGGGGGAGGAAAGGUACAGCUUUUCCUUUUUGAUCCAUCUUGGAAGACUUCUGUAAUGAGCAAGAUUCCCCAAAAGGAAGUGGAGAUUGUGAGGUGGCCAUAGGGGAAGAAGGGUAAUUCCGUGCAUACGCUGUAGGUUAAAAAUGGGGCCAGUGCACAAAGGGGCUUUGACAAGGAGGCUGGGUGAGGAUUAUGUUUUUAGGUGAGAAGGUCAUUCGGAUUGAGGCUUGACUGGUAUUUGGGACAAAGGUGUGGUGAAGCCUGUAAACAUCCGGAUGGCCUAGAAAUUCCUGGGGGCCACUCUGACCUCUGAGGUGGAGCCACCUAAGUCGGGGGGUACAGAGAGUAUUCUCUGCCAGCCAGGAGUUACCUUUCAGCAGAUUUUUUUCCCUCAGCCUCUGACGCAGUUGCAUGAAAUCUGUGCAAUUAUUCGAAUAUUUUUAUUGUGCUUUUCUCAUAGUUUAUGAAACUAAGUGGAAACAUGAGUCUUGAAAUUGAUAACGCCAGGCCUUAAUAGUCUUUAGAUAAAGAUGAAAAUCAAUAGGUAUGCUGAGGUAAUGGAUCAUUGGCUCCAUUGGAUUUGGGUUACUGCAUCCUGAAUUGUGAAGGCAACCAAUGCAUAGGUACAAAACACUGAAAAGAAAUCACCUGGAGGUGGACUCUGAAGGGGUGUGGCUCUGGGCUUGAUCACCCUUCCUAGCUCUACGGGAGCAGGAUUCGGAACUUUGAAGUCAUGUAGGUUUGUUGUUCUGGGAGAACACAUUUUCAGGAGCCCGUUAUGUAUGACAUUGAGCGAUUUGUUAUCGACCGGAGAAGGACUAGAAUGAGCCAGAAGCAGUGAGGAGGCAAAAUAAAGGCACAGCAAGCCACGGCGGCGGGUGCUGCACACGUGGUGUUAAAAUGAGUAAAAGUGGUCAGCUGUCCGAUGGUCAUGAGAAGUAAAGGUUGUUGUGAAUUCUCGUCUAAUAUGGGAGGCUGUCUUGAGAAUUAUAAUGAAGCCUGGGCAUGUGACUCGGUUGGCAGAGUGCCUGGCAAGCGUACGUGAGGCCCCGUGUUCAAUUCCUGAUAGCCCAGAAGCCAGGAAUGGCGGUACAUGCCUGCAAUCCUAUAUGGCAUGGAAUUCUUCCUCCUGGGAAGGUGGGGCUGGCAUUAUUCUUCCCCAGCCUCCUUGAUUACUUUCUUUCCUGGGUUCCUCUGACUGGGUUGGGAGGUACCCUGCUUGACGUACACAGUUGACAGGCUGUACCCACGCAUGCCUGUCCUCUUCUCUGCUCAUCUCAGCACGCCCGUUGAGCCCCAUGCUACCCAGGAUAAGCCCAUCUCUUUCCUUAUUAGAGGCAGAUGGCUUGGGAUGCUUUCCUCCUCAUCCUUGUCGGAAUUUUUCCCAAGCCUCAUUUUUCUGUGUGCAGCCCAUUUCUCUGUGUCUUAGGGGGAAAAAUGUCAGCUCUUUCCACUUCCGGAUCCUUCUGCCACUUCAUUAAUGUGCUGUUUUGUCCGUGGCCAAGUUCACUGAUGGUGUGCCAGAAGGAUGUGUUAAGUAACAAGCGGCCCAUUGCCAAGUCCCAAGUCAUUUCCUAAGGAGCUACUAUUUAAUGAACUGGUGGUUUGUGAUUGGAAGCUGGCUGGCUGGAGGGUGGUAGGGGGAGCCUUGUGGCAGAGAGAGAAAAGUAGAGUCUGGCUAUCUCAACGCUGCUUAGCAGCAAAUGUCUGCUAAGAAUCUUCUGGAUUCAGGCCCUUGUCAGGGAUGGAAAUUCUUUGAGAACCAGCUUCUUGCAAAAGGACUGUCCUUCGUGGAGGAAAAGAUCAAGGAGUCCGAAGGUGACAGUCGGAUUGAGGUUCUGGCUGAAGUCUGGGACCACUUCUUCACUGAGACUCUGCCCACCCUGCAGGCGAUAUUUUAUCCGGUUCAGGGACAGGAGCUGACCAUCCGCCAGAUCUCCCUGCUGGGCUUCCGGGACCUGGUCCUGCUGAAGGUGAAGCUGGGUGACUGGCUGCUGUUGGCACAGUCCAAGUUGCCCUCAUCCGUUAUACAAAUGCUGCUCAUUCUGCAGAGUGUUCACGAGCCCACAGGCCCAAGUGAGGGCUAUCUGCAGCUGGAGGAGCUGGUGAAGCAGGUGGUGUCUCCCUUCCUUGGCAUCAGUGGGGACCGCAGCUGCACAGGCCCCACGUACUCACUGGCCAGGAGGCAUUCCAGGAUCCGGCCCAAGGUGACUGUCCUCAACUAUGCCUCCCUGAUGACCUCCGUUGGACGGCCACUGAAUGAGAUGGUCCUGACUCCGCUAACAGAGCAGGAAGGAGAGGCGUACCUGGAGAAGUGUGGCAGUGUUCGGCGGCACACAGUGGCCAAUGCCCAUUCGGACAUCCAGCUGCUGGCCAUGGCCACCAUGAUGCACUCAGGGUUAGGGGAGGAGGCUGACAGUGAGGACAAGCACCUGCUUCUGCCGCCCAGCUUCCCACCGCCACACCGCCAGUGCUCCAGUGAGCCCAGCAUCCCCGAUAGCCCCGAUGAACUGGAACUAGAAGAUGGAGCAAGUGGCAGCCAGGAGGACUCCGAGAUGAACUGUGCUUCCCUCAGCUGAGCUGACAUCUCCAGGAUUUCCGCAUCCCUACUUUGUAGCCUGGAUGAGGACUGUGUGGAUGUAUCUCCUCCAUGGAUCACCAAGGGGCUCUUGUUUUGAGUGGCACUGCCUUAUUUCUUAGGGCACAAGCCAAGUCUCCAUGCCCCCGGGAAACACCUGUAACCCUCCCCACUGUGGUGUCUGUGACUAGCUCCUCAUGCCACUGUUCUCCUGACUUCCAGCCUCACCUGCUUCACCUGGAUCCUCUUCUCUGGGCCCUUCCCAUCCUAUUGGACUGGCUGAUGCUCCUAGUAUAUAAUGCUCUGGCAUUACUGUCGCAGAAGCUUGGACCACACAUGAACAUCUAGAAUGUGCCAGCCCUUGCCGUUCCCUUAAUGAUCCAUGAAGCAGAAGCCAAGGGGAAGAAGGAGUAGCAAAGGUUCUGUAUAACAUGGAAGUCAACUAUAGCCCUUAUCACUUACUUUAACUGCAGUUUCCUUGAAAGCAUUAUCCUACUCGUGGGUGAGGGUCCAUCCUUACGUAUGUCCAGAUGUCAUGUGCUGCCUACACAAAGGGCUUUAGCCUAGCAGAAUCUCUGUCUUGGACUCAGCCUCAGCAUGUUCCUCUCAGGCUUCUUCCCAGUCUCCAGGAAUGAGCCUUCUCAGUCACUGGUGCCUUACUCCUCUACUUUCAGGAACUGACUGACCACUUUCCUGUUGUGCAUAAGACAGCAACUGACCUAGUCUGUACCUGGAUUUCACUUGAAUUUGUAAAACGUGUAUUGUUUAAAAAAACAAAAAAAAACAAAAAACCAUGUUCGUGAAUAUUUGCACAUAGGACCUUGCACUGCUCAUUUCCAGUGGAGUGUUUGCAGACUAAACACAGUGGGCCCUUUCAAAACGUGCUGAAAUAGCUCAGAACAAAAGGCUGAGUAGCGGACAGGACUCACAUACCUCAGAGCUCUGGGGGAGCCAGACCUGUGUCUGGAAUGACCUGUGUUCUAAGUGUCUUGGCUUCUAGGGAAGGCUGUGCCGGAGUCAGAAGAUUGCCUCUUGAGCAGAGAAGUUGAGUGACUGGAAUGCGUCUGGGCUUUUACAUGGACAGAGAGACAUGGGCAUGUGGGCACGUUUUAUUUGGAGGAACAUUUAUUCUCUGAGAUUACAGAAGUACGCAGAAAUGUCUGGGAUUCCUGUCAUGUUUGUCUCAUGAUGCUAUUUGAGGCAGCUUGCUUUGUUACUGUGCUAGGUCCUUAUUAAUGUUCUCUUCAGGUUGGCGAAGGGGAACUUUUUUGUCUAUGUUGAACCUCUGGCUUCCUCUUUAUAGUUGUCUGUUGGUCUUGCUAAUAGAAGCUCAGAAAAACAUAGAAAGUUUCUCCUGAUCCUGCUCUUGACAUGUGCUGCCCUUUCAGGAUCUGGUCAGUCUUUGGAAAUUUUGUUGAUGGAAUCUCAAUAUAUAACCCACCAAUAGAAGAAGAGGCCAUGCAAGCUCA